AUUUGGCCUGAUGGAAACUCCUGCAGUUGGCCUCAGCCCAUUGCUUCAGCCUGUCCAGGUGUUUCUGUAGAGUGAUCAACAGAGUGGUCCAUCUUUUAAAUGUCAUCUUCACUUUUCUUUCUGAUGGAAGCAGCUCUUGUCAGCCAAAGGUGUUGGAGUAGCAAGUGUCUAUCCAUAGACAGCAUGAAGUAUUAUUGGAGCCUGAGAUAAUUGGCUCUUUUUGGGCUUGCUUCACAAUGCGUUCUACCUAAGGCCUUACAGGUCACCUACGGUAAGAAAGAGCUGUUUUGGCUGUGUGUAUUUUAUAUUAUGGCUUUCCAAAGUUAUUCCCAGUGUGUAAUUCCUUAGUGAAUGCUUUUAACUUUUGUAUCACUGCAAAAAUGUGGUCAGGUGAAAACUGUGUUCCCUGAUGUAGGUGGGAGAGGUUUUCCUUGGAAAUAGAGGAGUGUGGAAAGUGAGGGUGGCUGCAGGGGUGAGACAUACAUGAUACUGGAGUGUGCGGAAGAGCUGUUCUUUUACCAUUAUAUGGCUCAAUGCAAAGACACUUCUGUUUCACGGUGUACUUACCUAUUCUUUAUAGAACCUGGCUGAUCAGCCUUGUUCGCAUGUAGUGCCCAACAACUGCUACACUAAACUUUUCAUUUGUUUGCAUGUUGGUGGAAUUUUUCAUCUAUGCUUGCUCCUUAAAAUGUGUCUUUGAGGAGCUGAUUUGGCUAAUAUAAAAAACCCCUAAAGUGGCUCUUCUGGAGAAAAGCAACAUACGUGCUCUGAUUAGGGGUUAAAUGCAAAUUCUUCUUGGGUGAAUAAAGGUCUGAUUUGAAAUGAAACCUAAAAAAUAAAGCUUGCAACAUGUAGUUUAAUAAUUUAUGGAGUUAGUCUUGACUUUUGGUCAAAUGUCUUUGUUACUUAAAUAGCUUUGCUGCCAACUAAAUAUAUCAGUGCUUCAGAGAAGACCUAGAUGAGGUUUUUGGGCUGGUUUUGAUGCCAAAAUGCCAACACUAGAUGACAUUUUGGAGAAUGUUGGAGAAUUUGACAGGUUCCAGAAGCAAACCUUCUUUGUCUUGUGUUUGCUUUCUGCUGCCUUCACCCCGGUGUAUGUGGGAGUUGUCUUCUUCGGGUUCAUCCCCGAGCAUCGCUGCUUCAGUCCCGGCGUGGCUGAGCUGAGCCAGCGGUGUGGCUGGAGUCUGGAGGAGCAGCUGAAUUACACGGUUCCCGAGUGGGGUGGCCAUGGGGCCGGUUUCAGCAGCCGCUGCAGGAGGUAUGAGGUGGACUGGAACACGACGGGUGUCAGCUGCACCAACCCCCUCGGCAGCUUCAUGGGCAACUGGAGCGCCGUCCCCCUUGGUCCCUGCCGGGAUGGAUGGGUCUACGACACCCCAGGGACAUCUCUCGUGACCGAGUUUAACCUGGUGUGUGAAGACUCCUGGAAGCUGGACCUCUUUCAGUCUUCUGUGAAUGCUGGAUUUUUUAUUGGCUCCAUAAACAUUGGCUACAUAGCAGACAGGUUUGGCCGUAAAUUUUGCCUCUUAAAUACAAUUCUUGCAAACGUUGUCUGUGGAAUCCUUCUGGUCUUUGUGCCCACUUAUCUAUGGAUAGUCAUCCUCCGCUUCUUGCAAGGGCUGGUCAGCAAGGGCUGCUGGACUGCAGGCUACAUCCUGGUGACAGAAGUCGUUGGUCCAAAGUACCGGAGGACAGUGGGCAUCCUCUACCAGACGGCCUUCUCCGUUGGGCUCCUCAUCUUUGAUGCCAUCGCUUACGCCAUCCCUCACUGGCGGUGGCUGCAGCUCACUGUCACCCUGCCCAGUUGCUUCUUCCUGCUCUACUACUGGUGCCUCCCAGAGUCUCCCAGGUGGCUGAUAUCUCAAGGAAAAAAUGACAAAGCUAUGAAAAUUGUCAGUAAUAUAGCUAAAAAGAAUCGGAAAAAGAUGCCUUCCCAUUUUGAGGAUAUUAAAUUUGAAGAGGAAUAUGGUGGAAAGCAGAGUCCUUCACUCAUUGACCUUCUCAGGACACCACAAAUGAGAAAAAACACAUUCAUUUUGAUGUACAACUGGUUCACAAGCUCUGUCCUCUACCAGGGGCUCAUCAUGCACAUGGGACUAGCUGCUGGGAACAUGUAUCUGGAUUUCCUCUAUUCUGCACUUGUUGAAUUUCCAGCUGCCUUCAUCAUCAUUGUCACCAUCGACCGUGUCGGGCGGCGCUACCCCUGGGCUGCAUCAAACCUGGUGGCUGGGGCUGCCUGCCUUGUCACAGCCCUGAUCCCAGAGGAUAUACAUUGGCUAAAAGUGAUUGCUGCUUGCAUCGGGAGAAUGGGAAUCACAAUGGCUUUUGAAAUGGUUUGCUUUGUAAACACUGAACUGUAUCCAACAUACAUCAGGAACCUUGGGGUGAUGGUCUGCUCAUCCUUGUGUGAUAUUGGUGGAGUCAUUGUCCCAUUCAUUGUCUACAGACUGGUGGAAGUCUGGCAUGAUCUGCCACUGAUAGUCUUCUCUGUUCUUGGUUUGAUUGCGGGUGGAUUGGUGUUGCUUCUACCUGAAACUAAAGGGCGAGUUUUGCCUGAGACUGUUGAAGAUGUUGAAAACUUUCACAGGCAAAGUGCUCCAAAGGCCAAAAAAAUCUAUCUCCACGUCCAGACAUCAGAAGUAGCACAUGACUGAAGAAGGCAUAACUCUUACUGGACAGUCUGUUUUA